UAGCUUUCAGAGUUAAUGUUAAAGUGGGGAACUCAAAGGAAGUAACUCACUGGUUAGUUAAAUUAACAGGGCAGUUAGCAGCUGGUUAACGUGUUCAUUGACUAGCUAGAGAUAAACAUAACUGAUCGAGUUAGCUCAUCGCCACAGUUAGCUUCUGGAAGUAGCUGGUUUUAGCUGUUGUUAGCCGAGUGUUAGCUGUUAUUAGCUGGGUGAAUGUUGAGUCUUAGUUGGGUGUUAGCUGGGUGUUAGCUGUUGUUAGCUGGGUGACAGUUGGGUGUUAGCUGAGGGUUAGCUGUUAUUAGCUGGGUGAAUGUUGAGUCUUAGCUGGGUGUUAGCUGUUGUUAGCUGGGUGACAGUUGGGUGUUAGCUGAGGGUUAGCUGUUAUUAGCUGGGUGAAUGUUGAGUCUUAGCUGGGUGUUAGCUGUUGUUAGCUGUUGUUAGCUGUUGUUAGCUAGGUGUUAGCUGUUGUUAGCUGGGUGACAGUUGGGUGUUAGCUGGGUGUUAGCUGGGGGACAGCUGGGUGUUUGCUGUUGUUAGCUCGGUGGUAGCUGGUGUUAGCUGGGGGUUGGUAGGGGUUUAGUUGCUGUUAGCUUGGUGGUAGCUGGGUGUUAGCUGGUGUUAGCUAGGUGUUAGCUGCUGUUAGCUGUUAUUAGCUGGGUGUUAGCUGGGUGACAGUUGGGUGUUAGCUGGUGUUAGCUGGGUGAGUCAGGUUGAGUUACUAAAUCAAACACAGAGACACAGCAGACACAUGUUCGGGUUAGGGGUCACAGCUUCGAAGCCCCGUUGUAGUGUCACAAUGAUAAUAUUGUACAUUUCUCUCAAAUCCCACGGCACACCAGGACCAUUUGAAGAUUAUUGAUGAUAAUUGAUUUUAAUGAUCUUUUUUCUUCUGUUGUUUUGGUUGAUUUGAAUGAACUGUGCUGCGGCGCCUCCUGCAGGUGGAGAGGAUCAUCGAUAAGAGGAAGAACAAGAAGAUGAAGUUGGAGUACCUGGUUAGGUGGAGAGGUUACGGUUCAGAGGAGGACACCUGGGAGCCCGAGAGUCACCUGUCCGCCUGUAUGAUCCACGUCCAUGAGUUCAACCGUCAAAAUGCAGUGCGGGAAAAAGACAGUAUGUUGAUGCGCUCCACCCGAAGCUCGAGCCUCCACUACAUCUCUGCCCACAGACCAGUCUUCAGGCCGCCAGUCACCGCCACAGGUCGCAGUGACAUCAGUGUAGUUUUAACUGCCGACUGUAACCAGGUGAGUCCAGCUCACCUGCCUCCCGCUGGACUGACCAGUCCGGCCUCUGGUGGCUCUCGCCAGCCCCUGCUGGCUGACCGGUUCAGCAGUGGCCUGAUGUCGGUGGCUCCGGUCUGCUCGGCUCGCCGCAGCGUGGAUCUCUCCAAGACUGGCAUCAAGAUCUUGGUUCCUAAGAGUCCGAUGAACAGCCGCCUGGACUCGGAGGAGUCUCCUAGUGAGGCGGCUCACAGUCUGGAGGCCGGACCUCAAGAAGCUCACCAGGUCCCACCUGAGGUCGCUCUUCUGGAGAAACCGUCCGGAGUCCAGCUUGGGCCUGGAGAAGAGAGGGCCCGCAUGGGGACCAGACCCCGCUGCCAAAACCCUCUGCCCCCCCCCCGGGUCCCCGUCACACCUGCUGCCAUGCGGUCCCUCAGUGGCACAGGUGACAUCAUCGAGGCUGCCGCUGCCAGUGGGAUGUCCGCUGGGCAGAGUGGUGCUGCCGGGGCAACCAGUGUGUCGGGGAAGCGUCGUCUGGAGCAACGCUCGGCGUUCGACAAACGCCUGCGGUUCAGUGUGCGGCAGACAGAGAGUGCUUACCGGUACCGGGACAUCGUGGUGAAGAAACAGGACGGCUUCACCCACAUCCUGCUUUCCACCAAGAGCUCUGAGAACAACACGCUCAACCCUGAGGUGAUGAAGGAGAUCCAGAGCGCCAUGGCCACUGCAGCGUCAGAUGACAGUAAGCUGGUGCUGGUCAGCGCUGUCGGCGCCGUCUUCUGCUGCGGCCUGGACUUCCUGUAUUUCAUCAGACGGCUGACGGACGACCGGAAGAAGGAGAGCAUCAAAAUGGCUGAAACUAUCAGGACCUUUGUCAACACCUUCAUCCAGUUCAGGAAGCCGAUCGUAGCGGCAGUGAACGGGCCAGCGCUCGGCCUCGGUGCUGCCAUCUUGCCACUCUGUGAUGUGGUGUGGGCCAAUGAGAAAGCCUGGUUCCAGACGCCCUACACAUCCUACGGCCAGACGCCCGACGCCUGCUCAUCCUUCACCUUCCCCCGCAUCAUGGGCCUGGCCUCGGCUAACGAGCUGUUGCUGAGUGGCAGGAAGUUGACGGCUCAGGAGGCGUGUUGUAAAGGUUUGGUGUCUCAGGUUCUGUGGCCGGGAACCUUCACACAGGAAGUGAUGCUGAGGAUCAAAGAACUGGUGUCAGUCGACUCGCUGGUUCUGAAGGAGUCCAAAGCCCUGAUGAGGAACACCAGCCGCAGUGCUCUGGAGCAAGCUAACGAGCGUGAGUGUGAAGCCCUGAAGAGAGUGUGGGGAUCAUCACAGGGAACAGACUCCAUCCUGCAGUUCCUGCAGCGGAGAACCGAGCUCUGCUAGAACCUCCCCCACCACCUGGACCUGUGACUCAGCACUUCUGAGUUGGAUGCAGUGACUCGGCGGGAAAGGCUGAAUGUUUGUUUAAUGUUCAACUCUAAGUUAUGGUUUCAGCCGAAUGUUUUUAGCCUAGCUUAGCACAAAGCCUGGAAGCAGGGGGACACUGUUAGCAUGGCUCUUCAUUUUAAACCCAGGAUAGAAGAAUGACGUGUUUCAGUCCUCUGGGUCUAACACAUUGAAUCAGUGUGAACUGGACAGAAGUCAUCUGGUGAAACACAAACCUGUGUUUCUAUGACUUUCUGACUAAACAGCUGAUUUUUUGCAUUCGAUUAUUUAGGGCUAAGGAAAUAACACACACUACUUUCUGCUUCCAGUGUUAAUGCUAAGCUAGGCUAACGCUGUUCAUUCCGAUAUGAAACUGAACUACAACAGACAACAGGACCGUCUCCGUGCAGGAGCAAGACAUUAACACUGACCUUUGACCUCAGUGUCCUGCAGCUCUCCCAUCAGGACAUGACAGGUUUAACUCCUGCUCACUGUCACACAGUAAAAGUGCUGAAUCAUGGGUAAAGAAACCUGUGUUGAUGCAAUGUGGGCGUGGCCUGUCGGCCUUGUGAUCCAUUCUGUCACACGUCAAAGAUUAUGACUUAGUUUAAACGAAUAACUUUAAAGGAGCAGUUCAACCUUCAAAUUGGAAACUGCUGUAGAUUCAUAACAGGUAAUCUACACACAGAAAACAGUCAUAACAACAAGUUAAGCUGAAAUACACUCACUGGCUCAUCCAUCUGGAAACAGCUCAGCAGAGGAUUUACUUAAAUGUUGAACUGCUCCUUUAAACUCUUUGUGAACCAGGUUUGAUUUGUGCUGACAUUACAAAUACCAGCCGCACAAACAAUAACAAGGAAUUUUUAUAAGUCAUUGGACAAGCUUUUAUACAAACACAACUGAAGCAGUGAAAUAAAAAACUGUUCAGUCUGAA